ACGCACCCAGUAGCUACAAAUACUACCUGUAGGCUGUAGCUACUCGAGUAGCAUUCUACACGCGGCUGUCAUGUUUUUGCGUGUUGAAUGUUUGCUUUGCUACUGUUGUUUUGAAUAAACUCUAGGAGUUAAUUCUGAUAGUCGGUGUUGGUAAAAUGCACAAAUUCCGUUUACAAUCAAUGUACUCAAUGGGUGUACAUAAGCCGGACAUAGUCUUACUCGCGUGGUUUUCAGCAUAAGCUAUAGUAAUAACGAUAAAUAUACAACGAUAAAACUUCCACAAAAAGAAUUUGAUCAAAGACUGCUAUUGUUCGCCAAUGGAUUCCAAAGAAAACGCUUUCCGUGCUGGGGUGAUUAUUGUGGAACGUGAGCCCUGGGUAUGGUCAUUUCAGUGGGGGAACGAAGACAAAUUCUGCGCUAAAUGUUUUGGAGUCUCUGAUAAGCUGCGCGUUUGUUCUGGAUGCAAGGUACAUCGGUACUGCGGGGAAGAUUGUCAGCGUUCCGACUGGAAAAAAGAGCACAAACUGGAAUGUGCUAUGCUGAAACGCAUCAGUGUCUACAAGCACCAAAUGCAGUAUGAAUCACAGACAGCUGCUUUGUGCACAACGGAAAUGAUGAUACUGCUCAAAGUCCUGAACAGAGUCAAACAGAACCCGGACAUCGUGCUAAAAAACGUGGGAAAAAUCCUGGUUAAUGCAGCAACUGCCCAGAAAAUUCCGAUACGCGCGACUCCGGCACAGCUUCAGCUACUGGAGCAGACUACCGGUACUGACGAGGAAGAAGAUGCAGCCCGGGAGUUUACGUCGUUGCUCAUCUCCGAUAAUGAUGACCAUCUGCCACAUACAAGUCAAUCGAAAAUGGCUGGCGAGUUCCGAAAACUAAGGCAGAAACCAUAUUUCCGCGGCUUGAUGGAGGCGGCGUUUCCCGACAAACCAGAUAUUGCCUAUCAGCCCUUGUUCAAUUCGGAUAUUGCCGACAUCCAUGAUCGAAUUCACUGUCGUAUGCUGACGAUAACCGACUAUGUGUCUCUCCCCUUACCGGUGAAUUUUGGGGCAGGACUGUUUCCGGGUGUCGAAAGAAACCACAUCAUAUCGAAAUGUUCGGAUAACAACGCUGUUAUUGUGUUUCGAGGGAGGCGCUUGCACAUGGUGGCAAUGGAAGAUAUUCCCAGUUACACUGGAAUAUCAGAUGCGCGAUGCUGCGACUUAUCCCUCUUUCCGUUAAACUGGCCUUUAAAACAGCGCCGGGAACUGUUCCAAAAAUAUUACGAAAGAGUGUGCAACUGCCGCAAAUGCACGCCGGAAUUUGAAGCGGAGAUAAAUCCCCUACGUUGCGUAACAAUAAACUGCCCAGAACGCAUCCCUAGCGAUGAACGUGCAUUACUGCCGUGUGCACAUUGUAGUGCCGUGAAUGGGUCCAAGUUGCAAAAGUUGGGAAAGGUCAUGAAGAAAUAUGACAAACUGCUGGAUACACUAGCUCAUAAUGAGCAUAAUGAUACCGAUAGCUGUGAAAUGUUGGAGGAGCGGAUUCGUUUCUUGGGCGAAUUGGAUAGUGAUAGCAUUUUGCACACCGACGCUCACCUUCGCUUUGCCCUGGGAUGGGAUGUGGCUCGGUAUUAUGCGGGGACUAUGCGUUGGCCCUUGGCAGCACAGUUGUAUCGCGAGAUAGUUCCCUGUCUUCGGAAAAUUUACCCUAAAUAUCACCCGCAUUUGGCCCGAUAUCUCCGUCGAGCGGGACUUUUCGCGUUGAUGUGGUUUGACCAUCCACGAUCGGAUGAUAAGUAUUUUGCAGUGCCGCUGAUAAAAAAGGCCAUGUCCGAGGGAGUUGACUGGCUAGCAGAAUCCUACAGGAUUUAUGUGAAACUGUGUGGAGAAAACUCUCACGUGGCCAGUGAACUGGUGAAUACAUUGGAAGCUGCCGCUGACAUGUAUCGUCAGCUGCUCAGGAGGGAGGAGCAGGACGAGCACUCGGAAGUGUUGCGCGUGUUGCAGAAUAUGAGCUAUCACAAUAUGAUGGUAAUGUCUGACAGUACUAAUACGAAGAAUGAUUAAGAUCGGUUGAUGACCGCUGCUGUAAUAGAGGCAGAUUCAUUUGAGUUUAUGCACACGAUGUUCAUAAGUUAAUUAAAUUUCCUGCUUUCCUAAUUUCAUGAGAUCCCUGUUUAUAUAUCAUUUGCAACUGCAUAAAUUUCUGCAUAAAAACCAAUAAUUUAUUACUUUUCUGCAGUUACAGUACAUCCCUGCGUUCCAUUGUUUUAAACAGAUACAAUAUAAUUAUUUAUACAUCAGCCAGUCAUCGGCAAAU